AUGAGGUUGUCGGCAGAAGUGAUCAACAAUUCCCUGUCCUACCUCAAUCCACUCAAGGAGCGGGAACUGGACCUCCGAGGUCAUAAGAUCCCGACGAUCGAGAACCUUGGUGUCGCUGGCGCGCAAGAUGCGAUCGACUUUACAGACAACGACAUCACGACGCUGGCGAACUUUCCGCUGUCGCCCAGGUUGAACACACUACUUUGCGCGCGGAAUCGCAUACAGAAUAUUGAUCGACGACUGGGCGAACAAUUGCCGAACCUCACGACGCUAGUGCUCACGUCGAACCUGGUCAAAGAGUUGGGCGACCUUGACGGCCUCAGUAAAUGCUACAGUUUGACGCAUCUGAGCCUUCAAGAGAACCCAGUCACCAAGAAAGAGAACUACCGCUCAUACAUCAUUUUCCUGAUCCCCUCUCUGCGCUUCCUCGACUACCAGCGAAUACGCACUGUCGAAAGAGAAGAAGCCAAAGAUCUCUUCGGCACGCAGGUAGAACCCACGGAGCUGGCCUCGAAGCUUCGCGGCAACAAGAGCAAGGCCCUUGACUCAUCGACGACCUCCACCAAAGGCGCUAGCGCAAAUAAAGCCAUGCGAACGCAGCUGACCGCCAGUGAGAAGAAACGAGUGCAGGAAAUGAUCCAAAAUGCGAGAAGCCUGGCGGAGAUCUCCAGAAUCGAGAAAGAUCUCGCAGAGGGGAGGAUACCGCAAGGCGCAGCCGACGCUGACCGCAUGGUCUCGUAG